AUGGCGAGUACCAGCCUACUCCCUACUCGAACGUCUCAGUCAACCUACACGCGCUCGUGUAUCCCUAUCAACCUCUGCCACGUGGCGUAUGUGGCGGAGCUGGCCUGGCGCAAUCUGAUUGGUCCCAGCGGCGUUCAGACGGGUGUGAGAAUCAUUUCGCCCCAGACGCGCCUUGGCCUGCCAGCCAUGUUGGAUGAGAUCGUGAACCUGGUCAUCCGGCCUCCUCGUGCGGAGUAUUCAGUACAGACAGACCUUGUGGGGCCGCUCUUUGCUCUCAGGGGGAGGCAGUAUCGCCGCCACGACCUUCAGCUUGUAAAUAGCAGAGGCCACGUACUAGAAUGCAGUCACUACAUGCCGGCCCACGUCCCGCCCAAUCAGAAGCUGCCAUGUGUCAUCUACUGCCAUGGGAACAGUGGCUGCCGUGCCGACGCCAGUGAAGCAGUGUUUGUGCUCCUCCCAUCAAACAUCACAGUCUUUGCGCUCGACUUCUCGGGAUCAGGCAUGUCCCAAGGGGACUAUGUCACGCUGGGCAGAUUCGAGAUGGAGGACCUCUCAACAGUGGUGGACCAUCUACGAGCCGAGGGCUCUGUGUCGCUCAUCGGCCUGUGGGGACGUUCGAUGGGGGCUGUCACCUCCCUUAUGUACGCAGCAAAGGAUCUGUCUAUAGCGGGGAUGGUGCUGGACAGCCCGUUUUCCAACCUGCCCAACCUCAUUCUGGAGCUCGUGGACACCUUCAAGAUCAAGCUGCCCAAAUUCACGGUGAAGAUGCUCGUGUAUUACUUGAGGAAUUUGAUCAAGAAGAAGAUACCGGAUUUUGACAUCAACGAUUUAGAUGCCGUGGGAGUGGCGAGGAGCAGCUUCAUCCCGGUGUUGUUUGGACAUGCAUCGGGAGACACCUUCAUUCUUCCGCACCACUCGCAGCAAAUUCAUGAAGCUUACGCGGGCGACAAGAACCUCAUCACCUUUGCGGGGGACCACAACUCCCACCGCCCCAACUUCUUCUACGACUCGGCCGCCAUCUUCCUGCACAACGUGCUGCAGCCGCCCCCCAUAGAGGAAUCCCCCGCCACCUCCCUUUAUAGUCACAUCCCUGCGGGGUCUGAUUCGCAACAGCCAGUGCCUCAUGCUGCUGCUGCUUCUGGUGCUGCUGCUGGUGCUGCUGGUGCUGCUGGUGCUGCUGGUGCUGCUGGUGCUGCCAGGAGCACAAGGGCUGAUGCCCCUCCGAGUGCUGCCGAUUUGAACCCUCCACACACCACCUACCAGCGCCCACCCCCGGUUGCUGAGCCUGCUGAGGAUCUACUCAGCAGUGAGGAAUUGGCGCGCUUCAUGGCACAGUUUGCUGCCUCCGUGCCGCCUGGAGGAGAGCUUACUCCGGGACUUGAAGAUGACUACGAUGAGGAUGAGGUGAGCAAUCGGCAUGCAUAUGACUGUGAUGUGUACAUCGAUCCCCUGAUCACCAUGGUGGGUGGGCCGGUGGUGAACAUAUACCCGUUAGAGAACUACUCGUUUGGCGUGAAGGAGCCAAAAAUCGAGAAGGACACGUCCGUUGCGGACCGACUGGCGCGGAUGAAACACAAUUACCAGAAGGAGGGCAUGAGAACAAGCGUGGAGGGGAUUAUAUUAGUGCAUCAUCACAACCACCCGCACAUCCUUCUGCUGCAGAUCGGAAAUUCCUUUUUCAAGCUGCCCGGAGGGAGGCUGAAACCUGGGGAAGAUGAGGUGGAAGGCUUAAAACGAAAGCUCACCAGCAAGCUGGGCCCGUCCGUGUCCAUUCUGCCCGUGCCUGACUGGCAGGUGGGCGAGUGCUCUGCGGUGUGGUGGCGCCCCAAUUUCGAGACCCUCAUGUACCCCUACUGUCCUCCGCACAUCACCAAACCCAAGGAGAUGAAGAAGCUAUUCGUGGUCCCUCUCUCUGAGCGACAGUACUUCGGAGUUCCCAAGAAUCUCAAGCUGCUGGCCGUGCCACUACUUGAGCUAUACGACAAUGUGCAGCGCUACGGCCCAGUCAUCUCAGCCAUUCCGUUACAACUCUCAAGAUUCACAUUCAACCUAAUUCACGACUCUUGA